GAAAAUAGUCUGUGUUAUCAACAGGUAAUGUCUUCCCAUGGCCUGUAUGAGGCUUAUAUAGGCCACUAAUGACCGUUUACCUGACAAACAUGGCUUAACGAUCAAUUAACAAGCUUGAUUGAGUUGUUACGUUCAGAUAGAAAUAGACCAUGUAGAACACAUGUUGAUUCUUAUCAAGUUGGUGGGCAGGCAAUCUUUUCUACUCCAUAUAUUGCAUUUAUAUCUGUAAUGAUUAACCCUAAUGGUCUCAGAUCAGCAGUAGAAAGAAGUAGGCCUAAUUAUUUUAGGUGUAAUCUUCAAAGAUAUUAGGGGGAAAUAAACACUGUACCCAAAUCCACGUUUUACAAUGCUCCUGGGAAAUGGGUAGGCCUCCACCUAUAGUCCUUCACAGUUUUACAGCUGUGAUAUAUUUAUUUAUUUACAUAGAUCACAUACAUAAAUAAAUAUGAUAGCUGUAGGUAGCGUUGAGAUAAAAUUCCCAUAUUCUAUUGCUACUAACAUAAAUCCUAAUAUAUCAUGUUUUCCUCAUUUGCUCUGUAGGAGGUUCGUCAUAUGAAGGACAUUCAAGUGGAUGUGACCCCUAACCUGCAAUAGGGGCUCAGUGAGGUGACAGACAUCCUGUAAUGGAUCUCCAGCUAGUGUCUGAGGACCUGGAGAAGGCUGUGUCUACAGCUGUGGGGCAGGACAAGCAUGGGACAGACAUCCUGAACGAAUCUGAUGUCAGAGCUCCCAUCAGCCCUCUACACCUCGCUUCACCACCAUGCUAUGGAGGUCCUGGUUCAGUCUCUGCUGGAUCUAGACGUGAGGGACAGCCAGGGGCGCACCCCUCUGGACCUGGCUGCCUUAAAAAGCCUUGUGGAGUGUGUUGACGUCCUCAUCAACCAGGAAGCCUCCAUCCUGGUUAAAGACUUCACUCUGAAGAGGACCCCCAUCCACGCUGCAGCAACCAACGGACAUUCGGAGUGUUUGCGUUUGCUGAUUGGAAAUGCUGACAUCCAGAAACCCCUCUGAUGCUGUCGGUGCUGAGCGGACACAGACUGUGUGUACUCCCUGUUCAACAAGGGAGCAAGCGUAGAAGCCAAAGACAAAUGGCACAGAACAGCUCUACACAGAAGGGUUGUGAGGAGAGUUGGCUGCGGUGACUUUUCACGAGGAGUGCAGCACAGUGCCAGCUUCCUGGUUCGGGAAGGUAAGGGGCGGAGCCAUGUCCACCUGGUGGCGGCGUCCGGACACAUCGGGAUACUGGGGUGGCUCCUACACACCGCCCAGUCAGUGUGGACCCUCCCCGUCAUCACAGACAACCAGGGCUACACGCCACUACACUUGGCCUGCUACAACGGUAUGUACUGGACAGAGGGACAGCGAAGUGGGCCAGAGGCCACAAACAAAUACACACAUAAACAUAGCGUGUCUUAAAUCACCACAGCCAGCUUCAGGAGGGCACGAACCGAGACAGUCCGCACAGGAACCUUAAGAGUCCCUCAGACAGAGAGAGAGAAGAGGGAGGGAUAGGGGGAGGCACAACAGGCCCACACUCAUCCUCUCAUACCACCAGGUUCCCUUCCAGCAGAUACUGCACUUCAGAGGAACUGCUGCUGCUAUACCCCAUCUUUACCUUUACCCACAAAGGUCCUAAACGGUAGAAAGUGUCCGGCCAACAGACAGACGCACACCUUAUGACGGCAAUAACCUGUAGUCCAAGGGGAUAGUAGCACUUCACUGAGAGCAAAACAGACAGGGACCAAAAGAUGUGGAAGAAGCAUUUUCAAAACCUGUUUUGACUGUAGAAAUUGGGCUGAGUGUUUGUGCUGAGAAAAGACAUAAGGAGUGAUGUUUCAUUUAAGUUUCAUGAGAGUGAUUGUCAUGUUUAUCCGCACACUAAGACAGUCAGAACGCACCUAGCCUCUUGUCUGUAAUCCAUGUGGGAGGAGGGGAAAUCAUACAUUCUGUAUGAACAAAUAUU